CUCUCUCUCUGUCUCUCUAUAUAAUCCCUUUCACUUUAAUCCCUCUCUUGUUCUCCAAUCUAGAAUCCAACAGCAAGCAAGCACGCGUCCUACCCUCCUCUCUCUCUCCCUCUCUCUCUCCCUCUCCCUCUCCCCAACAAGCAAAGCACCCAACCUACCCCCCUCCCGCCAAAUGGAGAACACCAUGGAUAUCGACAUGGACCUAGAUCUAGGUCCUCUGCCUGAACCCGAGGCAAUCGAACCUGAACAACCCUUCCACCCUGCAGCCACGACCGCAGAGGGAACAAUCCUCGACUCGCAAACCGCAGAAGCGCAAUACGAAAAAGUCCAUGUCCGCGGUGUUGACGAGCUCACAACAGAGAACAUCAAGGAAUUCGCCUUGACGUAUUUCCCCGCCGAGUCGCCCGCCCGCGUGGAGUGGAUCGACGAUACCUCCGCCAAUAUAGUCUACUCUACGCCGGAGAUUGGGCUGCAAGCCUUGGCAGCACUCACACAUGCGACGGAGAUGGAGAAUGGAUUUGGCGAUGACAUUACUACUGCUGCUGCUGCUGCUGCUGUUGCUGCUGUUGCUGCUGUUGCGGGUGUAGAAGGACAAGAGGCAGGAGGGAUCCCUGCAUUGCGUCUUCGGUCGGCCAAGGGUCUCGCGUCGCACCCGGAUUCUGUGCUCCAGGUGCGGUCUGCCGUGAAGGCGGAUAAAAAGAAACCGCGCGCGCACGAGGCGAGUCGGUUCUACCUCAUGCACCCGGAGCAUGAUCCGCGCGAGCGAUUGCGGAGGGAGCUCGCGGAGAGACGGCAGAGCGGUAGUAGCGGCAGCGACAACGAAGGAGACUACCACCGGAGACGGUUUGAUGGGCGGGAACUCCGACGACGACGGAACCGAGAUGCCGAGGAGUCUAUCACGGCGAGCAUGUACGAUGAUAAUACCGCGAGGGCAGGGAGCCCGGACAGCGACCACGGGGGAAGAAGAAGAGGAAGAGGAAGAACAACAACAACAACAACAACAACAACAACAACAACAAGACGAAGCCGUGACGGACGCCAUCACGAUCUCGUCGAGCUAUUCCCCUCCGAAGCCAGUGGCCGAUCCGGCCGACUACGAGAUCGCAGCGCCUCACCGGGUCGAGACACCCUCCUAGCCGAGGGGGGCGGAUACGUGGACGAACGCCAGGAGUCGCGACGUCGCUUCCGCCAGCGUACACCGCCGCCACCACCACCACCCAGCCGCAGGAACGCAGGCCGGGAGCUCUUCGUAUCCUCCCCGACCUCCUCCUCUUCGCGCGCCGUAAUAAACGAAGACCGCGAACUCUUCCCCAACAAACCCGCAACCAGUUAUCUCAAGAAGGACCUUCUCCUCCCCAAUAAACAACAUAGCAACCAUCGCCGAUCCGACGCCAUCGACGCCGCAGACGAAACCGCCGACCUCUUCGCCCGCCGCAUCUCUCUCCCCCUCGUCGACGGCGCCCACAACGACGGCCCCAACCGCAAUCGCAACGUCGAGCUCUUCCCGGCGGGGCCAGCCACCGGCGUUAGUAUCCGUGGUGGUGGUGGUGGUGGUGGUGGUGCUGCUGCUGCUGCUGCUGCCACCCCAGGCUUUGCGAUCCGCGGCGCCGCGGAAAACGGCUUGUCAAUCAAGGGUCGCGGAGCCGGACAGCAACAGGCUUCAGUGCGCGAACUGUUUCCGUCAAAGUAUAAUGCCAAUGCAGGCAAGGAGCUGUUCUCGGAUAAAAUUGAGGGGCGGGGUGGUCCUCGUCGAAGGGCAGAGGAUAUGUUCAGUUAGAUAGUUGGUUGGUUGGUUGGUUUGGACUUGGGAGUUGCAACUCGAGAUUCAGGAUCCACGAGAUUGAAAGUCCAUUCAUUCAUUCAUUCAUUCAUUCAUUCGCUGUGUUAAAAACCUAGUAUCUACUCUAAUAUAUUUCGAUUUUCCUCUCUCCUCUCUACUCUUGUUUUGCGGGUUCCUACUUCGAAUCAUUCCGAGGGUUACUGUAGAC